UUUCACUUUUAUUUUAGAAAAUAACCUGCUUCCGCUAUUUGCGGAACUUGCUUCCGGUCAGAGCGCGCGUUAUCUCUGCCUUCACGCUCGUCUGUCUUGUUAUGGUGCGGGACGCCCAGUGGAAGCCCCUUCAGACCGUCAGGAGAGUUUCUGUGUUUCAGUCGGACCUGAGCUCGGGGCCGAGCAGUUACGCGGGCUGGAGAUGGAGAUAUCCGUGGAGGCGGAAGAUGGAGAGCGCAGAUGGGAACAGUGGAAGCUUCUGUCUAAUCUGAAGACGACUGUUGAAGGGCUGCUGUUCACCAACAACCCUAACGUGUGGUCCCGCUAUGGGGGUCUUCAGCGCCUGCACAAGGACAUGAACAACAUCCUGGGCCACGGCCUGAAACACGAGCAGACCUACUAUAAACAAAAAGACUACUGGCGUUUCGUGUGGUGUGUGCGGUAUCUCUGUCCUCAUCUCGCCCGUCAUGUAGAACAGUUCAGUCAGCUGGAGCCGGUGUUGAGCAGUGGCGUUCAGUGCUUCGGCGAGGGUUAUAAAGCCGAGCGUUGGCUUUUACACAGCCUCCAAGGUCACAUCUUAUCUGCCCAGCUCAAACCACUGCUGCAGCAUAAGACAAACACACAGAAAUAUUACAGUGACGGGGCCUUCCUGUUGAGCGAACCACACGUGUCUGCCAUGUUCCAGUGUCUGGAGGCCGUAGAGCAGAAUAACCCUCGGCUGCUGGCUCUCAUAGACACCGGCAGGCUUUCUCAUGUGAAAGAGUCUCCGUUUGGUUUGCUGAAGAGUCAGAGUUUGUGUUUGCUGCCCGGGGCCACAGGAAGUUGGAGGCCUGCGGACAAUUUGCAGUCCCGGCGGCUCACCACGUCCCAGAGCUGCCUUACAGAGCUUCCCAACACCCCACUCUCCAAGAGCAGCUCAGAUGACGCUCCGUCCAGCAGUACUCGGGGAGCUCCAUGGCUCCAUAGAGGCAACCGGGACACAGGAGUCCCCCAGAUCUCCUUCACUGAGCCCGCCUCACCCGCUCCGCCCGAGAUCCGGGAUUGUGUGGAAGCGGAUCUGGAUGACGGCCCGGAGUACCUGGCUAUCGGUAAUCUGGGGAAGCACAAACGGCGAGACUCGUCCAGCUCCACUCAGAGCAGUGAACACAUGGGGACUCAGGGUGACGCCCACACUCCUUCGACUCCGCCCCCACAGCGCCGCUGCUCCUUCUCAGAGGCUCAGAGAACCACAAGGCGGGGCUCGAGGGGCCACAUCCGCUCUCUGUCCGACACCGGCGUCAUGCAGAAGCAGAAAAAUGAAUCUGUCGCGGCUACACCAAUUUCAAAGAGCUGUGGUCCUUUCUCACCCCAGAGCAGUGACAGCAGCGCCAACAGUUCCCUUUAUAUGGAGUCUAACAGCAGCCAGUACAACAGCGUCCCAGACGGAUUGUUCCGCAGACCAUCCGAGGGUCAGAGUCUGAUCAGCUACCUCUCUGAGCAAGACUUCGGCAGCUGUGCUGAUCUGGAGAAGGAAAACGCCCACUUCAGCAUCUCUGAGUCUCUGAUUGCAGCCAUCGAGCUGAUGAAGUGUAACAUGCGCAGGCCGGUGGAGGAGGCGGAGGAAGAGGGCGACAGUGACUCGGAAAUCCAGCAGCUCAAACAGAAAAUCCGUCUGCGCAGACUGCAGAUACGCCACGCGCGGAUGAAGCCACCGGCCUCCUCUAGUAAUCAAAUCCCAUCUGUGGAUAGUGGCGGCUCACGGAGGAGCUCCCAGGAUUCCUUUCACCCCUCUGACUCUGGCUCUGAUAGAGACGUGGAGGAUUUCGAGCUCAAAGAUGGCAGUGAUGGUCAGUCCCUGCUGGCGGUGUCUCAGAGCGGCCUGUCCCUGUCACUCGCGUCCCUCUUCUCAGAUGCAGACAUCAAACGCAGUGCGUCCAGCAGCAGAUCCUUCCUCAGCUCAGACUCCAUCUCUCCAUCCAUGUUACAGUCCAACUCAGCAGAGUCGGUGGCGAUGGGUCUCCUCAGACAGUUUGAGGGCAUGCAGCUGCCCGCCGCCUCAGAGCUCGACUGGCUGGGUCCAGAGCACGACGCCCCUCAAAAACUCCUUCCAAUACCAGAUUCUCUUCCAAUUUCACCUGACGAUGGCGAACACGCGGACAUUUACAAAUUACGCAUCCGAGUGCGAGGAAAUUUGGAGUGGGCUCCUCCUAGACCACAGAUCAUCUUCAGCAUUCACUCUCCUCCAAAGAGGAAAGUGGUGGUGGCGAAACAGAACUACCGCUGCGCUGGCUGCGGCAUUCGCAUUGAUCCAGACUACAUCAAGAGGCUGAGGUACUGUGAGUAUCUGGGGCGGUACUUUUGCCAGUGCUGUCAUGAGAACACGCAGGCUGUAGUGCCAGGAAAGAUCCUCAGGAAGUGGGACUUCAGUAAAAGCUACAUCAGCAACUUUUCCAGGGACUUGCUGGCUAAGAUUGCAGGAGAUCCUCUUUUCAACCUAAACGACAUCAACAGCGGCCUUUACAAGAAGGUCAAAGCCCUGGAAACAGUGCGCGCAUUGAGGGAACAGUUGAACCACAUGAAGAAUCUCUUAAAAACGUGCCGUUUGGCUAAAGAGGUGCUGGAUCAGUUUGACACUCUUCCUGGACAUCUGACCGAAGACUUUCACCUGUUCUCUCUCAACGACCUCACGGCUGUCCGCAGCGGCAGUCUGGCGCCAAAGCUGCGUGAUCUGCUCCGCCUCGGCUCCAGCCACGUCACGGACUGCGUGCUCUGCCAGGCCAAAGGCUUCAUUUGUGAGUUCUGUGGAAAUGACAAAGACAUUAUCUUCCCCUACGAGCUCAGCAAGUGCCUGCGCUGUGAAGAUUGUCAUGCAUGCUAUCAUAAGACCUGCUUUAAGGGAGGGAAGGCGUGUCCUCGCUGUCUGAGACUUGCCGAGAGGAGAAAGCGGAUGGCUCGCAAGAACAUGGAGGAGCAGGAGGACAGAGAGGCAGACGAGGCCAGCGGGACCUAACACACAAUGCCAGUAAGAUUUAACCAGAGCACAGCACAACAGUGAAUGUAGUGACUGAUAUUCAGCCAAACGUUUCUUGAUUCCCGUCCCAAAUAAGCUGCUCUGAAAGUCCUGCUGACUGCAGCAUAAUGGAUUAUUAAUGCUAAAGAGUUUUAUGUGCAAAGAAGACAUUUCUGCUUUUAAGGACUGCCGCCUUCAAAUACAAAAUUAUAUUGUUUUUUUACUAUUUGCCAUGUUUUUGCUUGUUGGUUGCCUCCAUCCUUAAAAAUCCAAUUUGUUUUAAUCAACAGGCUGUCGGGUCCUGUGUCGUAAGCUUUUAUGUAUAGGGAUUUAUGUAUCUUGUUUUUGUCUGUCUGCUUUUUGUUGGUUAUAUUUAAGCGUAUAACGCAGGACUGUCCAAACUCGGUCCUGGAGGGCCGGUGUC